AUGGAGUUAUUCAACUCAGCUCUUGGUAAAAACAUGACUUUAGUGCAUCCUGCAUAUUUCAUAAUAAGUGGACUUGUUGGCAUACCUGAUAUCAAGUAUUAUUAUGUCUUUCUCUUUGUUGUUUAUAUUGUUGCAGUGGUGGGAAAUACAUCUGUGAUGGCUGUAAUAUACUUGGAUCAUAAUCUGAGAUCUCCAAAAUAUAUUGCAGUUUUUAAUUUAGCAUUUACAGACCUGUUUGAAAGCUCUGCUUUGGUGCCUAAGGUUCUUGACAUCUUUUUGUUUGACCAUCCCUUCAUCUCCUACAACAACUGUUUGACAUUCAUGUUUUUCUGCUUCACUUGCCUUUCAAUGCAACCUCUUAAUCUGGUUGCACUCUCCUAUGACAGACUGAUAGCCAUCAUCUUCCCACUGCACUAUCAUGUGAAGGUGACCCACAAGUUUAUGUUUUCUUUAAUUGCCUUUUUCUGGUUUGUCGUCAUUACUUUUACACUCAUUGCAGUCGGCCUUCUCACCAGACUUUCCUAUUGCAAGUCUUUGGUUAUUACCAGCUAUUUCUGUGACCAUGGCCAGAUAUAUAGACUGGCUUGUAAUGACAACACUCCAAGCACUGUCAUUGCUAUGUUGGUACCAUUUCUUAUUCUUUGGCUUCCACUGCUAUUUAUCUUGUUAAGCUAUUCAUAUAUUGGCUAUGUAUUAUCUAAAAUAGCCACAGUUAAGGAAAGAGGGAAGGCCUUUAAAACCUGCACAGCUCAUCUUUCGUUGGUGGCGAUCUAUUUCAUCCCAAUGUUAAUUGCAUUUACUAUGAGUGCAAAUAUACAUCCAAAUGCCAGGAUCAUAAACAUGUCUCUGACCUCAGUGUUUCCACCCAUGUUGAAUCCAGUUAUUUAUGUUCUGCAGACACAAGAAAUCAAAAUUACAGUUAAAAAAUUACUGAAAAUCAGAAAGCAAUAG